UUUGAGCGGGAGGUGAUGGUAGAUCAUGAGGUCCCUUUGCAGGCUGGGCCCAACUGUCUCUUUAAUCCAACUCGUCCUCUGCUUGAUAGCUUCUUUGAAAGGAGCCAUGGUCACAUUAUAGACAUAAAUUCUGCAAGCCUUCAGAGUGAGGAGGAAAUGACCCAGCUGAGUGUCCGUCGCUGGACGCCCAAACACGUCGCCAAGUGGCUGAGGGAAGAAGGCUUCUGUGACUAUGUGGACCUGCUGUGUAACAAGCACCGACUGGAUGGCACCAGUCUGCUUGCCCUCAGCGAGUAUGACCUCCGCUCGCCACCUCUGGAGCUCAAGGUGCUGGGGGACAUCAAGCGUCUGAUGGUGUCUAUUCGCAAACUACAGAAACAGAACAUUGACGUGUUGGAGGAGCUGGGUCUUCCCUUCGACGGCCACUCUCCCACAGGCUCAGGAGGCAGUUUGGACUGGUUGUGUAAUGGAGACCCAGGUAGAGACUGUGACAGCACUGACACUGCACCAGUGGGAGAGGAGUAUCACCAGUACACUAAUGGGAAGUACAAACAGCAGACGAGGCGCCUGGAUCCAGAGUACUGGAAGACAGCACUUAGCUCCAUCUACGUGGUGUUUGUGUUUGGCUUCACCUCCUUUGUCAUGGUCAUAGUGCAUGAGAGGGUGCCUGACAUGCGCACAUACCCUCCACUGCCAGAUAUUUUCCUAGACAGUGUGCCUAGAAUACCUUGGGCCUUUGCCAUGGCUGAAGCAUGUGGAGUGAUCCUCUGUAAUGUCUGGUUGCUGGUUCUAUUGCUCCAUAAACACAGGUCUAUCCUUUUGCGGCGCAUGUGCAGCCUCAUGGGGACGGUGUUCAUGCUCCGCUGCAUCACCAUGUUUGUCACCUCCCUGUCUGUGCCGGGACAACACCUGCAAUGCUCAGGAAAGAUGUAUGGUGACAUGUGGGCCAAGCUGCAGCGAGCUGUGGCCAUCUGGAGCGGUUUCGGGAUGACGCUGACGGGAGUGCAUACAUGUGGUGACUACAUGUUCAGCGGCCACACUGUGGUCAUUACCCUGCUCAACUUCUUUGUCACAGAGUACACCCCACGAAGCUGGAACUUCAUUCACACGUUGUCCUGGGUCCUGAAUCUCUUCGGCAUCUUCUUCAUCUUGGCUGCACAUGAACACUACUCCAUUGAUGUGUUCAUAGCCUUCUACAUAACUACCAGACUCUUCCUCUACUACCACACUCUAGCCAACACCCGGGCCUACCAGCAGAGUCGACGUGCUCGCAUCUGGUUCCCCAUGUUCUCGUUCUUUGAGUGCAAUGUCAACGGGCCCGUCCCCAACGAGUACUGCUGGCCCUUCUCUAGACCUGCUGUGAUGAGGAGGCUUAUUGGAUAGUGAGCAGCAGCAGCAGCAGUACUGUCAGACACUUCUUAGCCUGUGCGGUUUAGUCUGCUUUGUCAAGUUGCCAACUGAGGCUGUGUGUGAUAUCUUCAUCAACAAAGACUUCUGUUGUGAUCCUGUUAGCACCGAGGCCUGAUGGGAUACACAGAGCCAUACCUUCUUAUAUUCUGGGACUUAUCUUCAAACCUGCUUCCUCUGUCAUCAUUUUUAGGCGGAUUAAACGAAAUCCACAAAACCAUACAGAAUUUCUAAAAAGCCCCAUCAACACUCUUUGCUUGACUUUGAAAAGUGAACACAGCGGAGAUAUGUUUCAUUCAACGGUUGCUUAUUUGUCCUAGGAAUAGGAAUGUCAUUUUAUGUAGCAUAAAGUGCAUUUAUCAGUACCUCCCGACUUUAAGAGAUGGUUCAGAUUUUUUUAAGUUGGGUUGUAUGAGGUACUUAUCCAUAGUCAGUGUGGGAACUGAACAAAAAGUGAAACUUACCGAUGCUCUCCUCAAGCCAGACUACAUUGACAAAAUCAGUAAUUUUACCUCACAGAACACAGGAGUUGCUGGUCUACCCCUGCCUUGAUUAGCGAGACUUUUUUUUGUCAUUGUCUGACUCCAGUGUUUUAAAGAGUUAAGGCCUUUGCACCCUGAGUAUGUUUGUUUCAGAUCCGUUAUUUUAAUUUAAAAAAAUCGUUACGUACACUGAUUCUGAUGCAUUUUAUUGUUCUAUUCGUUGUGAAAAUUCACAACACGUGACAAAGUGAAAAGACACAUUUCCUCCUUUGUCUCUCAACUAAAGUCACCUAUCUGGCCGUCCAUUUGGCACCACAACUGCACCAAGUGGUGGAGCUGUCCUUCCUCUCUGUCCUCCACAUUCCGUGUGCGGUCCACAUCCUCCUCCUCGUCAUUAUCCCCUUGAAUAUUACGAUCUGACCUGUUGAACGUGAGCUAUCUGAGUUAUGAAAUGAUUCUGUGCGCCCCGUUCCUCUGUCUUGUCGUGGCUGUGUCCCACUGCCACAUUUUCUUCACUAAUUCUUGGUCAAACGUCUGUAAAGGCUUCUGACGGACACAAAAAAACGUAGAAAAUUAAAUUGUUCUGAAAAUUUUAAAGACAGACAAAAGUUUUGGACUCAUUGUGCAAACGUGAUUGACACUGUGAAUUUGUCUUUAUUUUCUUAAGAUGUGUGGCAAUUUUGGACGGAAAAACAAAAACAGACUCUGUGUGCAAAGGCCUUUAGUUUGGCUUCACCGGUGUCAUUCAAUAACAAUAACUAACCGACCGAUUAAGGCACCGGUAGACCAGCAAUUCCUAUGUUCUGUGAGGUAAAAUUACUGCUUUUGUCAAAGGAGUCUGGUGGCUUUGCAGAGAGAUCAUAGAUGGAUAUGACGGCUUCAGUUCCAUGUCAGAAGGGGCUAUCUGAGGGCCAGGUAAAGCUGUGAAAAUCUUCUAAAUACAGCAUACACUUAAACUGAUAUUGAUUUUUUUUAAGUGGUUAAAAGAAGUUUAGCUGCUGCCCCUGUCAACAGCAGUAAAUUGCUUAGCUUCUGUGGCCGUACUCCUGCCUGCUUCUCCAAACUGAGGGUGUGCCGACUGCAGGUAAUACACUGACUAUGGAUACAUACCUCACACAACUCUGCCUCAAAAUCCAAACUGUCCCUUUAAGAAUAUUUACAUAACACAUAAUAACAUAAAGCCACAUCAGAAAACUCUCAGGCAGCGGUGUACCUAACCCUUCACAGCAGUUUGCCAUUUUCUGUGCAAUUAAAACACCUGAUCAUUUCAAGGUUUGUAUCCGGAUUCACGACUGACAGUUUUGUCUUACCUCCCACUUUGUAAUGUAUCAAAGAAUAACUCUAUGGACCACUGUUAAAGCAAUAUGUAAAGAUCUACCUUACACUGUUGCUUUGUUUCUGUACAACAAAAUGUCGUUCAUUAUUUUGACAAACAGAUGUUAUUUCUUUGCCAUGAUUGAAGUCUUUUUCAUUCCUCCAAAUAAUGCUUUCAUUUUGACAGUGUUACUAAAUGUUAACAGAUGAAUUCAUAGCUCAUUGAAAGAUACAGUAAAGUACGAUAAUGUCAUUAUCAGCCAAAAACGUUGAAUCAAAGAUUUAUUUCCAGCUGUCUUAAAUAUAAUUCCAGUUGCCAAUUACCUUGAGUGUUACGAUAGAUUUCUCUGUGUAGAAUGUCCCAAAUCUUUCAUGUUUACUGUUGGAUAGUUGUAUAGUGCUUUUUUUAAUCAUCAUACAGUGUAAAUUAUAAUAAUCUUUUCACAUUAAUCUGUAGUGACGGUUCUCCAAAAGGAUCCUUAAAUUUGUAUGUGUUUGUUUGUAUUAAUUUAUUUCAUUUUGUAACAGUCAAUAGGUAUUUUUAUAUUUCGUAUAUGAUGUUACAGCAACAUGCACACGAAGAAAUAUGUUUACAGUUGCUCUUAACUAUUUAUUUGAAACACUAUGUGCUUUCUAAGUGUAAAUGUUGAUUUCAGAUUGGCCUCUACAUUUCAUAGAGUGAAACUGUUGUGAGAGGGAUGUUGUAAUUGAUGUGAUCAUUACAGCAUGUUAGAAACAUGAUUAUUAUAAAGGGAGCUGGCAGUAUACGACACGUCCUGUCACUGAGGGAUGAUGGUGUUGUGCUCAUGUGCUCAUGCAAAGCCACAUUACUUGUUUCAUGUCUCGUUCAUUCAUUUCCAUCAUUAAA